CACCUUACUCUCAAGAAGGUUCUAUUUAGAAAACCUUUUUUCUCAAUAAAACAGCAAAAAAGUCUCAAAUGAGCCCCUCACUGCUGACUUUUCACCCUUCAAAAAUGUUCCACGCUAUCUAUUUCUCUUAUUUUACUUAUUCUUUCCCACUUGUGUAUAUAAAAACAACCCUCCUUUCUUCUUCUUCCUCCUCUCUAUUAUCUCCCCUUCCUCAAAUGACCCUUAAACCGCCAUUAAAACUCUUCUACCAUGAACAUCACUAAAUUUACUACCCAUUUAUUUCUUCUCUUAGUCGUACUGAGUCAACUCACCCAUGCUCAGUCCGAUUCAAACGGGCGCAAUGACCCGGCGUAUAACGCCAAAUUCAGCCCAUCUAUGGGCAUUAUCAUAAUCGUUCUAAUCGCCGCUCUUUUCUUCAUGGGUUUUUUCUCUAUAUAUAUCCGUCACUGCUCAGACGAAACAUCUACAAAUGGGCCAGUGGGUCGGGCAAUCGGGUCGAUAAGACGUUCACGUCGGGCCCCACGUGGGUUAGACCCAGAAAUUAUAGAAAGCUUCCCGACGUUCGAUUAUGCGGCGGUUAAAUCCUCGAAAAUCGGAAAUGGCGCAUUGGAAUGUGCCGUUUGUUUAAUGGAAUUUGAGGAUGAAGAUACUUUACGAUUAAUCCCAAAAUGUGACCACGUGUUUCAUCCUGAUUGCAUAGACGCUUGGCUUGUGGGCCAUACAACUUGUCCGGUAUGUCGCUGUAAUUUAUCUGAAAUCACCGUCGGAGAACCUGUAAACGAGGUCGUUGUAUCUGUUAACGAAGGAGCAGUAAGAGAAGAAGAACAUAGUAAUGAAAUUGAUGAAGUAAAUGAUUCAAUGGAACAGCCCUUACAUGGAAGAAUGAAUAGGAGCCGUACGAUGAGGAAUCUAUCAUUUGGACGGCCUAGAUGGUUAGGGAAGAUUUCAAGAUCAUUAUCAACUGGACACGUGGCGGUCAAAAAAUGGGAGAAUUUAGAGAGAUUUACGCUAAGAUUACCGGAUGAUGUAAGGAAACAAAUAAUGAGUGGGAAAUUGGAGAGAACUACAAGUUUAGUUGUGUUACCAAGAGAAAGUAGUUCAAGAAGAGGUUAUCGAACCGGGUUUGGUGAAGGGAGUAGUAGAAGUGGGCGGGUUGAUCGAAUCGCCCGGUCUGAUAGAUGGGUUUUUUCAUUGGCGCCGCCUUUUUUUACUAGGGCUCCUUCUAUAAAGUCUCCUAAAGGUGCGGCGAAUUUGCCUACAAGUAGUAGCCGUGUUGGGUCAUUGCGUGGCUCUGUUCGAGGGAAUAGUCGGCAAGGGUCUUUAAGGGGAGCUAUCCAAAAUGAAUUAACUCACCUACCAGUUUAAAGUUAACAAUUUUUAUCUGUAAAUUAUUUACUUUGUUUUUAUUUAUUUAUUUAAUUUUUUUUGACGUUGGUGGACUAACUUUAUUCACCAAAACAAUGUAAAACUUACGGUUUUGAUAUACAAAUAAAAUAAUUAGUUGGAUUGAUUCUAACUUCUGAACGCAAUUUUUAAUGAUAUGGCACUUUAUCAAUGCUACUUAAAAUUUUUUUU